AUGCGAGUCGUUACUGUCUUUUCAGGGGAAAAGGCAGUAGUGGUGGCUCAUCUUAGCGAUACUGAAAAACAAGUGUCCUUUGACGGACAAGUCAGAUCUGUUACCGUAAGCAACGUGAGCAGUGACGAGAAGGGAGUAUCCUACACUCUCGAAUCAGACGGCCACCGUUGGAAGGCGGAGGCAAUUCGUCUUCCAAACUCAGCGCUUGUGUUGGGGUCUGGUCAGUCGGAGUACAAUUUAGCAUCAACCGACAGCUUCGAAGGUGGCGAUACUGCGACUGGCACUGGAAUGAUCAAAUCUUCUCACGCACCAAUGCCAGGAAUUAUCGAGAAAGUUCUCGUGAAGGCGGGAGAUGAAGUGCGGCAAGGUGAUCCUCUUGUCGUAAUGACCGCAAUGAAAAUGGAGUACAUCAUCAGGUAAAU